CGACGACGACGACGAGGAGGAGGACAUGGUCUCGGAGGAGGACGAGGAGGAGGAAGAGGACGGCGACGCGGAGGAGACCCAGGAUUCUGAGGACGACGAGGAAGAUGACAUGGAGGAGGACGACGAUGACUCCGAUUAUCCGGAGGAGAUGGAAGACGACGACGACGACGCCAGCUACUGCACGGAAAGCAGCUUCAGGAGCCAUAGCACAUACAGCAGCACUCCAGGUAGGCGAAAACCAAGAGUACACCGGCCUCGCUCUCCAAUAUUAGAAGAAAAGGACAUCCCACCCCUGGAAUUUCCCAAGUCCUCUGAGGAUUUAAUGGUGCCUAACGAGCAUAUAAUGAAUGUCAUUGCCAUUUAUGAGGUCGUGCGGAACUUUGGCAAUGUUUUACGGUUGUCCCCUUUUUGCUUUGAGGACUUCUGUGCAGCUCUGGUGAGCCAAGAGCAGUGCACGCUCAUGGCAGAGAUGCACGUGGCCCUCCUGAAAGCGGUUCUGCGUGAAGAGGACACGUCUAACACCACCUUUGGCCCCGCGGAUCUGAAAGACAGUGUGAACUCCACCCUGUACUUCAUUGACGGCAUGACGUGGCCGGAGGUCCUUCGCGUCUACUGUGAGAGUGAUAAGGAAUACCAUCAUGUUCUUCCUUACCAGGAGGCAGAGGACUAUCCGUAUGGACCAGUGGAGAACAAAAUCAAAGUUCUGCAAUUUCUGGUUGAUCAGUUCCUUACGACCAAUAUUGCCCGUGAGGAGCUGAUGUCUGAAGGGGUGAUCCAGUACGAUGACCACUGUAGGGUCUGCCACAAACUGGGAGAUUUGCUUUGCUGUGAGACAUGCUCAGCUGUGUACCAUUUAGAAUGUGUGAAGCCACCUCUGGAAGAGGUGCCAGAGGACGAGUGGCAGUGUGAAGUCUGUGUAGCACACAAGGUGCCUGGUGUGACUGACUGUGUUGCUGAAGUCCAAAAGAAUAAACCAUAUGUUCGACAUGAACCUAUUGGGUAUGACAGAAGCCGGAGGAAAUACUGGUUCUUAAACCGAAGGCUCAUAAUAGAAGAAGACACAGAAAAUGAAAAUGAAAAGAAAGUCUGGUACUACAGUACAAAGGUCCAGCUUGCAGAAUUAAUAGACUGUCUAGACAAAGACUACUGGGAAGCAGAACUGUGCAAGAUUCUAGAAGAGACUCGAGAGGAGAUGCACCAGCACAUGGACAUAACGGAAGACCUGACCAAUAAAGCCCGGGGCAGCAACAAAUCCUUCCUAGCGGCAGCUAAUGAAGAAAUUUUGGACUCCUUAAGAAUCAAAAGAGGAGAAGAUAUUGAUUGUGAUCAGAGCCCAGAAGAAACAGAAAAAGAUAAGAAUGAGGUGGAGAAUGACAACUCCAAAGAUGCAGAGAAGAGCAGGGAGGGUUCAGAAGACCAGUCUCUUGAGAAGGACAGUGACGACAAAGCCUUGGGUGAAGAGCCUGGGCAAGGAAAACCUGAGGAGCCAACAGAAGUUGGGGAUAGAGGUAACUCUGUGCCAGCAAAUCUUGGCGACAACACAACUAAUGCUUCUUCAGAAGAGACUAGUCCCUGUGAAGGGAGGAGCCCCGAGGGCUGUCUCUCAGAAACCCAUGAUAGCAGCAACAUGACAGAGAAGAAGGUGGCAUCUGAGCUCCCCCCGGAUGUGCCAGAAGACUCUAACAAGACAUGUGACAGCAGUAACUCUAGCGCUACCACUGCCUCCAUCCAGCCUGAUCUGGGAAGCAGUAACAGCAGCAGGGAGCUCAGCUCUUCCCAGAGUGACUCUGCUAAGGCAGCGGAUGACCCUGACGUUGGAGAGGGAGACUCCCACACACCUGUCUCUGCUCAAGAAGAGACAGGUGACUUCAGAGUGGAGAAGUCUAACGGAGAGAUGGCUGAGUCCCCUGGAGCUGGGAGAGGAACGUCUGGCUCCACUCGCAUCAUCACCAGACUGCGGAACCCAGACAGCAAACUUAGUCAGCUGAAGAGCCAGCAGGUGGCAGCUGCGGCCCACGAAGCAAAUAAGUUGUUUAAGGAGGGCAAAGAGGUGUUGGUGGUUAACUCCCAAGGAGAAGUUUCGCGGCUGAGCACCAAAAAGGAGGUGGUCAUGAAAGGGAGCAUCAACAACUAUUUCAAGCUGGGGCAGGAGGGGAAGUACCGCGUCUACCACAACCAGUUCUCCACCAACUCCUUUGCCCUCAACAAGCACCAGCACCGGGAGGACCAUGACAAGAGGCGGCACCUUGCACACAAAUUCUGCCUCACUCCAGCCGGGGAGUUCAAGUGGAAUGGAUCUGUUCACGGGUCCAAAGUCCUUACCAUAUCCACGCUGAGGCUCACCAUCACGCAGCUCGAAAGCAACAUCCCGUCCUCCUUCCUUCAUCCCAACUGGGCUUCCCACAGGGCUAAUUGGAUCAAGGCCGUUCAGAUGUGUAGUAAACCCAGAGAGUUUGCAUUGGCUCUUGCAAUUUUGGAGUGUGCAGUUAAGCCAGUUGUGAUGCUGCCAAUAUGGCGGGAGUCUUUAGGACACACCAGAUUACACAGAAUGACAUCAAUUGAAAGGGAAGAAAAGGAGAAAGUUAAAAAAAAGGAGAAAAAACAAGAGGAGGAGGAGACAAUGCAGCAGGCCACGUGGGUAAAAUACACGUUUCCAGUGAAGCAUCAGGUUUGGAAACAAAAAGGAGAGGAAUACAGAGUGACAGGUUACGGCGGCUGGAGCUGGAUUAGUAAAACACAUGUUUACAGGUUUCUUCCCAAAUUACCAGGCAAUACUAAUGUGAACUAUAGGAAGCCCUUUGAAGGAGCUAAAAAUAAUACAGAUGAAAAUAAGGAUGAAUCAGAUAAAAGAAAAAGUCCACGAAGUCCCAAAAAAAUUAAGACAGAAUGUGAUUCCGAGAAAGGGGAGACAAAGGAUGCAGCAGCUGCGGCAGGAGCAGGUGGAAGUGCAAUGGAGCUAUCCAGGGUGUCUGAGAAGAAGGACCAAGAUGUAAAAGAAGUUUUAGAUUCUGAUAAUGACAGAUCCUUCAAGGAAGAACCAAUGGAGGUAGAUGAUCAUGUGAAAUCAGAGUCACCUCUAAACUGUCAGGAGAACACGCAAGUGGACGUGGUCAAUGUCAGUGAGGGCUUCCAUCUAAGGACUAGUUACAAAAAGAAAACAAAAUCCUCUAAGCUGGAUGGGCUCCUGGAAAGGCGGAUUCGACAGUUCACACUGGAAGAGAAGCAGCGGCUUGAAAAGUUGAAGCUUGAGAGCGGGGUGAAGGGAGUAGGCAAGCCCCCCACAAGCGCUCUUAAAAGCCCCUCUGAAUCAGCAGUAACAGCAAAGGCCAGCGAAGGGUGUCAUGGUGACUUGCUUAGACAGGAACAAAGCCCUAGUCCAAGCCAGGCUAGCCCUGGGGACUCAGGGCAGGGGUGCUCACAAAGUGAUUCCUCGGUUCUUGGCCUCAGUGAACCUAGUCUGAGUACAAACAAACUUUGUCCAAAAGAUCAAGUGCCAGAUGAUGUCUGCGUUCAGAGUUCAGGGCCAAACUCUCAGAGACAGCAUGCUGUUGAAAGUGACCUCGAUGCCAGUAUCCCUGAACCUGCCGGUAAGGGACUGGAACUAAGUCAGACUAAAACAAAAGGAAGUGACUUUUCCAUUGAUGACUCUAAACCAACCAAUGCAGAUGAUACUGGCACUUUGACGUCUAAAAGCAAAAAGCCACUUCCACAGGAAGAUAGCAGCACCAAGAGUACUUUACCUGCAUUAGUACCUAAAAGUACCAGUGACAGAGAUGCCCGGUCCUUCCCAAAAGCAAUGGACUUUGAUGGGAAACCAGGAUGUGACUCUGAAUCUAAUAGCACUUUGGAAAAUAGUUCUGAUAUUCAGGAUAGCAGUGAAGAAGAGAUGAUUGUUCAGAAUAGCAAUGAAUGUGCCUCUGAGCAGCUCAUAACUCCAGACCAAGGCAUGGGGAGUGUGGAACCGUCAAAAUGUGAGUUAGUUCCUAAAUCCACUGAAAAUUGUGAAGAUAAACUGCAGGGUAAGGUAACUGAAGCAAAUGGUAAAAGAACAGGUCAGCACCAAAAGCCUGAUGAGAGACCAGUUAACAAAUGCACUGACCAAAUAAGCCUAAAGCAUGCCACCGACAAAAGGAAUAAUGAAAAUCGAGAGUCUGAAAAGAAAGGACAGAAGGCCAAUAAAUUUCAAAUAAAUGGCAAAGAUAGUAAAGCUAAGGGGUACCUCAAGGGGCAGUACAUGAAGGACAGCUCUGAAGGUAAAGUUGUGAGUGGUACUGUUGAACCAAAGGUCAAUAAUAUCAAUAAAGUCAUCCCUGGAAAUGUCAAGUCACUGGCUAUUAAAGAAUCUGCUGUGAAGCCGUUCGUUAACGGUGACAUUAUCAUGGAAGAUUUCAAUGAACAAAACAGUUCAGAAACCAACCUGUGUUCACUGAGUUCUUCAGAUGCCAAAGGUAAUCACCAAGACAGCCUCCAUACCCUACCGUCCACCAAAGAGACAGACAGUACCCAGGUAACCAUACCCCCAGCCCCUUGUCCAGAAAGUAACUCGUUUAAUCAGGUGGAAGACAUGGAAACGGAGAGUCCAGUGGUUAAGAAGGUUACACCAUCUCCUGUUAGUGGUGGAGAGGUGUCUAACCUUAGUAAUGACUUCCUGGAUGAAAAUGGUCUGCCCUCCAGCAAAGACGAGAAUGUCAAUGGAGAGUCCAAAAGGAAAACAAUCAUCACAGAAGUCACCACGAUGACAUCCACAGUGGCCACAGAGUCAAAAACUGUCAUUAAGGUAGCAAAGGGGGACAAGCAAACUGUGGUUUCUUCCACAGAAAAUUGUGCCAGAUCCACUGUCACAACUACCACUACCACGGUGACAAAGCUCUCCACACCCUGCCCAGACAGUGGUAUGGACACCAUCUCUGUAAAGGAGCAGAGCAAAACCGUGGUCACCACGACAGUGACAGACUCCCUAACCACUGCAGGAAGCACACUGGUGACAUCUAUGACAGUGAGCAAAGAAUACUCCACAAGAGACAAGGUGAAACUAAUGAAGUUCUCAAGACCCAAGAAGACCCGUUCGGGAACAGCCCUGCCAUCCUAUAGGAAGUUCGUUACCAAGAGCAGCAAAAAGAGCAUUUUUGUGCUGCCUAAUGAUGACUUGAAAAAGCUGGCCAGAAAAGGAGGGAUCCGGGAAGUCCCUUACUUUAAUUACAAUGCAAAACCUGCCUUGGACAUAUGGCCAUAUCCUUCUCCUAGACCAACCUUUGGUAUCACGUGGAGGUAUAGACUUCAGACGGUAAAAUCCUUAGCGGGAGUGAGCCUGAUGUUACGGUUACUGUGGGCCAGUUUGAGAUGGGAUGACAUGGCAGCCAAGGCCCCUCCAGGAGGAGGGACUACAAGGACAGAAACAUCUGAGACUGAAAUCACAACCACAGAGAUAAUUAAGAGGCGUGAUGUGGGCCCUUACGGCAUUCGUUCUGAGUACUGUAUCAGGAAGAUCAUUUGCCCCAUUGGAGUUCCAGAAGCACCAAAGGAAACACCCACACCUCAGCGGAAAGGCCUUCGAUCGAGUGCACUGCGGCCAAAGAGACCUGAAACACCUAAGCAGACGGGCCCAGUUAUCAUUGAAACCUGGGUGGCAGAAGAGGAGUUGGAACUCUGGGAGAUCAGGGCUUUUGCUGAGAGAGUGGAGAAAGAAAAGGCUCAAGCGGUGGAGCAGCAGACGAAGAAACGUUUGGAGCAGCAGAAGCCUGCAGUCAUUGCAGCGUCUACCGCAUCCCCAACAAACAGCACAAGCAGCACUGUCUCUCCAGCUCAGAAGGUGAUGGUGGCUCCCUUAAGUGGCUCAGUCACCCCUGGAACAAAGAUGGUGCUAGCCACCAAAGUUGGGUCUCCUGCCACAGUCACAUUCCAGCAAAACAAGAACUUCCACCAAACCUUUGCCACGUGGGUGAAGCAAGGCCAGUCCAAUUCAGGCGUGGUCCAGGUACAGCAGAAAGUCCUGGGUAUCAUUCCAUCGACGACAGGUCCAAGUCAGCAAACCUUUACUUCAUUCCAGCCCAGGACCGCAACAGUCACAAUUAGGCCCAAUACCUCAGCCUCUGCAGGAACCACUACCACAUCACAGGUACUCACGGGGCCUCAGAUCCGUCCUGGCAUGACGGUGAUUAGAACACCGCUCCAGCAGUCAACACUAGGAAAGGCAAUCAUUCGAACACCUGUGAUGGUGCAGCCAGGUGCUCCCCAACAAGUGGUGACUCAGAUCAUCCGAGGACAGCCUGUUUCCACUGCCAUUUCUGCUCCAAGUACGGCUUCUUCAUCACCUGGGCAAAAAGCUUUAAGUCCAGGAACAGCCCCUGGGUCUAUACAGCCUUCAACCCCACAACCACCUCGUCCCCAGCAAGGGCAAGUGAAGCUCACCAUGGCUCAGCUCACCCAGUUAACACAGGGCCACGGCGGCAACCAAGGUUUAACAGUAGUAAUUCAAGGACAAGGUCAAACUACUGGACAGUUGCAGUUGAUACCUCAGGGGAUGACCGUCCUUCCAGGGCCAGGGCAACAGCUCAUGCAAGCUGCGAUGCCCAAUGGUACUGUCCAGCGGUUCCUCUUUACCCCACUGUCAACGACGGCCACAACCAGCAGCAGCAGCCCCGCCACUGCUUCUACAGCAGCAGGUUCGGGGGAACAAAAACAGAGUAAAUCGUCACCUCAGACCCAGGUCCAACCAGCCACUACCCUGGCGCCAGCUCAGUCAUCAAGUGUGAGUCCUGCAGAAGCCCAGCCACAGACUCCUCAGCCUGCAGCACAGCCCCAGCCCCAGUCCCCAGCUCAGCCUGAAGUCUCGUCCCAAACCCCUUCUGAAGCACAGCCCUCCCAGACACAGUCAUCUAAACCCCAGCAACAGUGUCAGCCUCAGAGCAAUGUCCAAGGACAGUCUCCUGUUCGUGCCCAGAGCCCAUCAUUGACUCGAAUACGUCCAUCAACUCCAUCCCAAGUGACUCCUGGACAGCAACCCCAGGUUCAGACUACAAGCUCACAGCCGAUUCCAAUCCCGCCCCCCACAUCUCUGCAGACACCUUCCCAAGGCCAGCCACAGUCACAGCCCCAGGUACAGUCUUCAACUCAAACUCUUUCUCCAGGACAAACAUUAAGUCAAGUUACUGUCUCAUCCCCAUGCUGUCCUCAGCUACAAACACAGCAGCUGCAGCCCCAAGUCAUUGCUGUGCCUGAGCUCCAGCAAGUCCAGGUUCUCUCUCAGAUCCAGUCACAGGUUGUGGCUCAGAUACAGGCUCAGCAAGGUGGUGUGCCCCAGCAAAUCAAACUUCAGUUACCCAUUCAAGUUCAGCAAAGCAGUGCUGUGCAGACUCAGCAUGUUCAGAGUGUGGUCACAGUGCAGGCAGCCAGUUUGCAAGAGCAGUUGCAGAGGGUUCAGCAUCUCAGGGAGCAGCAGCAAAAGAAGAAGCAGCAGAUAGAGAUUGAGCGUGAACACACCCUCCAAGCUUCUGCCCAGAGGGAAGUCAUUCAGAAACAGGUGGUGAUGAAGCAUAAUGCUGUAAUAGAACAUUUAAAACAGAAAAAGACCAUGACUCCAGCUGAAAGAGAAGAAAAUCAAAGAAUGAUUGUGUGUAACCAGGUGAUGAAGUACAUUCUGGAUAAGAUAGAUAAAGAAGAAAAACAGGCGGCAAAGAAACGCAAACGCGAAGAGAGUGUGGAGCAGAAGCGGAGCAAGCAGAAUGCCAGCAAGCUCUCUGCUCUGCUCUUCAAACACAAGGAGCAGCUCAAAGCCGAGAUCCUGAAAAAGAGGGCCCUCCUGGACAAGGAGCUGCAGAUCCAGGUGCAGGAAGAGCUGAAGAGAGACCUGAAAAUGAAGAGAGAGAGAGACAUGGCACAGUUGGUACAGGUCAGUGCUGCUGCAGUGUCCACACCCUCAGUGCCAGCGCCAGUUCCAGCCCCACCAGCAGCAGCCUCUCCAGCCCCACCUCCUCCUUCACCUCCCUUGGCACACAGUGUGCCAUCUGCGGGCCACCCCACAACCCCACUGCCUGUCGCUUCCCAGAAGAGGAAGCGGGAGGAGGAGAAGGACUCCAAAUCCAAGAAAAAGAAGAUGAUCUCCACGACCUCCAAGGAGGCCAAGAAAGACACCCGGCUGUACUGUAUCUGCAAGACGCCCUACGACGAGUCCAAGUUCUAUAUUGGCUGUGAUCUUUGUACUAACUGGUAUCAUGGAGAAUGUGUUGGCAUCACAGAAAAGGAGGCUAAGAAAAUGGAUGUGUACAUCUGUAAUGAUUGUAAGCGGGCACAAGAGGGCAGCAGUGAGGAAUUGUACUGUAUCUGCAGGACACCUUAUGAUGAGUCACAAUUUUAUAUUGGCUGCGAUCGAUGUCAGAAUUGGUACCACGGGCGCUGUGUUGGCAUCUUGCAAAGUGAGGCAGAGCUCAUUGAUGAGUAUGUCUGUCCACAGUGCCAGUCGACAGAAGAUGCCAUGACGGUGCUCACACCACUGACAGAGAAAGACUAUGAGGGCUUGAAGAGGGUGCUACGCUCCUUACAGGCCCAUAAGAUGGCUUGGCCUUUCCUUGAGCCGGUAGACCCCAAUGAUGCACCAGACUAUUACGGUGUUAUUAAAGAGCCAAUGGACCUUGCCACCAUGGAAGAGAGAAUACAAAAACGGUAUUAUGAAAAGCUGACAGAGUUCGUGGCAGAUAUGACCAAAAUUUUUGAUAACUGCCGUUACUACAAUCCCAGUGACUCCCCCUUUUACCAAUGUGCAGAAGUUCUUGAGUCAUUCUUUGUACAGAAACUGAAAGGAUUCAAGGCUAGCAGAUUGUGAUAUCUUUAGUCUGAAUUUUUAACUGGAAUCAGAACUGGAUGUUGAGGUCACUCUUUAUUGUACCACGUGAUUGCCUAAUUCAAAAUUCCCCUCCCAAAGGUUGAAACCAGUUAAUAUAAUAUUUUAAUGUUAAAUACAGAUGUGUAGAUACAUAAAAAGUCUAUUCUGGCAGCCAUGUUGGACAAUGUGUUUAAAGAAUUGUGAAUGCUCAGGAUGCAGUACUUACCUGCUGUAAAGUGCUACAAGUUAGUCCUGCUGCCUGUACAGUAAUUUGGUUACUAUCAGAAGUUGUGAAUGAAACUGUGAAAAGAGGAGGACUUUCUGGACUUCAAUUGAAAAAUGUGAUGUUAAUAUUGCUACUUGCCUUCUGGUGGAUCUUUCCAUUUCCUACAUCAUUGUAAAUAGACAGGCACACACACCUUUUACUAUGCUUUUAACACUUCUUUCUGUAAAUGUCUUUGUCUCAUUUGUUGAAAUGGUGUAAUCUUAAUAAACAAUAUAUGGUCACUUAUAUAUACAUAUAUUUUUAAACAUUGGCUUUUUCCAGCGAGCUACCAUGUUUACUGUACAGUGAAAAGUUUUACUACUAUACUUAAAAGAUUUCUUAAUUGUUAAUUUUCUUAUAUUUGCUUGCCAAGGAUGAGUGACUGCAUGGCUGCUUUCCCAGACAGGCCUUGGCAUCCACAUAAAGUGUCAUUGUCUCAGAAAUGAAGGGUGCUUAAUUGUCCCCUUUUUCUGUAUUCUGUAGGUCUCAUAACAACAAGCUGCAGUCUACAGCUCCUUAGAGCUCAGCGUGUCACCUAAUCGAGACACAGCGAGAGGCUGGUGGCCUGAACUAUUUAAGUUACAGCCACAUGUUUUCAGUCAGGCUAUCCUGACAAGGCUUGACCAUAACCUCGUUCCUAUUGGUCACAACAGUCCAAUUGUAUUCUUGGCCAAUUUUGUCCAACGGACAAAGGAAAAGCAAAGUCAACGGCACCAUUGUCUUGUCAAGAGCAAAUGGCUUUACUAUUGUGGCAGAAGCAGGAAACUUUUGUUUAUUGAAAAUAAAAAAAAAAAAGAAAAAGCAAGAAAAAAAAAAGAUACUAUGGGGUCAAGUGUAACUCCGUGGAAAUGCCACGUCUGCUCUUCAGUGAAGAAGCUGUUUAGAGUCUCACAGAAAACUUUUUGACUGUAUUUAUUUAUUGUUGCAAAAAAAAAAAAAAGACGCUUUUUUAUUGCUGCCCUCAUUCGUCAGCUAAUUAUUUUUUCUUAUAAAAUCCAGCCCUGGUUACGUGUAUCCAUCCUAUACCUUAUCAUGAUUCCUGUAGGUGAAGUACAAGGCGACCUCUAGAUGUCUUUUCUUUCUAUGAAAGGAGCUGCUAUGUACACAUGUGCACACACAACUGGGAAUCAACAAUGAGUUUAUUGGUCAUGGUAGACACAGAUGAAGCUUGCAGGAAGGCUGGGAUAAGUAAGUGGUCCUGGACUACAGACUUCGUUGCCUUGAAUACACCAGUACAAAUUGUCAUUUACUCUGCACCAGGCUAAAUGAGCAAAAUCUAUUUGAAGGUAUCUUGUUUGUAAACAUUUGUCAGAUUCUAAUUUUUUUUCUUUUUGUAUGAAAAUUCAACUAUGGAUGUAUAUGAAUCGAAAUAAAUGGAGAUAAUUUUUCUCCCACAGAUGGAGGUCUCUUUGAAUGUGCGCUAAUGAUUGCUUGUAAGCCCUUGUGGGGAGAGGGGGGCCACCAGGAAUCACAGGCAGAAGGCCUGAGUUUCUCCAGUAGAGCAGAGGCCCUUCUUUUCCUAAGUCCCAGUCCAUUGUCAUCACAUCAGAGAUCUCUAGGGAGCUGGCCUCUAAUAACAGGACUAUGACACAGUACGUUACCUUCAUCCACCUUCUGUUAUUCUAGGCAAAUUCCCAGUCACAGGCAGCCCCCUGUCUGUGUGGGGUGAAGGGUGUCGAGAUGACCCUGGCCUUCCUUUCUGCUGGUUGGGUUCCUUUGGGUUUUGUUUGUUGCAGUAGGGGAGAGUUGCACAAGCAGGGUGCAGGAUAGAGCAGACAGGUGAGUUCUGCAUGUGCCUCCUGCCAGUGUUCCCGCCUUCCUUGCCCUUGUGCUGCUGCUCUGUGUUGUGAAAUCAGCUGAAGUUGGAUUGUACAGCUUCGCAGAUGUUCCUAGACUUUGCACUAGUACAUAUUAGCCUUGUCCUGCUGAAUCUAGAAUCUACCUAGUUUUUGUUUUUUCAAAGUCUUCUCUGUUUGUUUGGUGUAGCCCUGCUAUGCAAAGCCUUCCCCAGCCCGUAGUUUCUUAAAAGGAAACUGUGGCAACAGUUGGCAGUUCUCUCUUCUCCAGGCUCAGGUGUACAGGUUCCUCUGGGCUCACAUGCUCUGCUGGAGCCCACUCCCUCUGUACAUAAAGAUGUCACUUUAGCCUAUGCUUACAGCUAAAGGGACUAAAACGCUCAAUAUGGUAACAAAGUUCUUGCUUAAACUAUCAAGGUGGAAGUAGUUCCAUACAGGCUAUUUUGUCCUUCUAGUUUACAAAAAGAAAAUGUUCCAUGUUGUAAGCAUCGUGCUGAUGCAAGAAUUCUACAUUUGAAUGAUAUGAUGUGAUUCUGCAUCCAGCCACAUCACAGUAUUCCUGUACUAUCUAGUCAUAUAUCUAAGUAUAUAUGGGCUCGAUCACUUAAGCUUGUUGCAGCAACAGCUUUCCUACCUGUAGGCAAUAGAUUGCUAUGUUUUUAACAAAUUGUAGCAAAUUCUAAAUAAUUCUUUUUGUACGUAAUAGGACAUUUCAUCCUAAAAAAAAUAAUAAUAAUAAAGUAAUGUUUUUGACAUUG